AUGGCGAAGCAAGAGGUCCGCAAAGCCGUGAACGUGAUGCCAGAGGAGCUCUACGAAGUAAGUGUCAGCGAAGCGCCAAAGUUUGUUGCCUUCAAGGUUGAGGCAGACUUGGACUGGGCGAAGACGCUGGCCGGGGCGAAGAUCACCUUUGGCAGUCAGGGUGCAGAGCUGCAGUCCGGGGAGAUGCUGCUACGGAGGCCUGACAAGGAGUGGAGCCAAUACCUUUGCUUGGCGCCAGCGAGUCAAGGCGACCCCAAGUUGGUGGUGGCGGGCCUUGCCCAUCCCGUGUUUCAACUCUGCAAGCCCAGCAAGAAGCUGCAAAACGCGGAGAAGUGGGCGGAGCAGACCGGGGAGGCGCUGCAAAUCAUCCAGGAGGCGGAGGAUGCGCUGAAGAAAGGCCGGCGUGCGGAGGAAGCGCAGCAGCGCCAGGUGCGGCGCGGGCGCUUGGGCCUGCCGGAGCUGCGGGAGGCGCUGGGCAACGUGGGCUGGGACUUGACGGCUGAGAUGGAACCGGUCUACGAGCAGGACGCAUGGAAUGGCGCUGGAAAGGCGCCCAAGCGCAAGAAGGCCCAGAAGCGGGGCGUCGAGCUGCAAGGCACCUUCAAGAUCCAGGUAGUGCAAGCCACCGCGACCCAAUGCACACCAGUGGGUUUCUGGAGCCUUGGCGACUUGCAGAUGGAGGACCUGCAGGAUGUCACCUUCCGGCGCUAUGAGACGCGCAAGCUGGGCCAUCAGGCCUUCGAGCUCCUGGGCAAGGCCAAAAGCUGCGAGCUCCGCCUCUUUGGCAAGGAGGAGCUGGGCGAGAGCCGGCUGCUGCUGGGGGCCUUCUCCGGCUCCAAGCUGCUGCUCUCAGCCGCGGAGGUCUACCGAAUCGAGGUGGAGCCCAAGGAAGCGGCGCCAAAGGCUGAGGAGGAAGCGACCUUAAGCAUCUAUCGCCAGAAGCGCAAGGCAGCCAUUGAGAGCUUUGGCACUGCCAAGAAGAUGCGCUUCUUCACCCAGGUGAAUGAGCGCCUGGAGCGGCAGUGCGAAGUCGCCAACUUGGAGAACUACUUGGGUGAGGUGAGCCAACGCCUGGAGGAGCAGCUGAAGACGCAGAAGUCUCACGAGGCCAAGGACCAAGAGACCAAGCGCCACAUCCUGCCCAGGUUCCAAGAUGCCGACGAACCCAUCAACAUCUAUGCGGAGGGCUUGGCUGACAUCGCUUCCGACGCCAAUAUUGCGGCGCACCCAAAACUGCUGAAUGACAGUAUCCAGGCUUUCUUGAAGAAGCCCCCGGUCUCCUUGAGCAAACUCGCCGGCCCUGAGGGCCUGGAGAUCUGUGAGACCCACACGGCGAUGCAGGUGCUGCACGCAAGGUCCAAACAGGGCAAGCUGGCGCCCGAAAAGGAUCUGCCGUUGUUCGUCAAGAAGCUGGGGGUGCUGAACCUGCUGGUGAACAUCUUCAAGAAGGUGAAGAACCCCAGGGAGAACAGGUUCAACCGGGUCUCGGAGCCGCAGUUCUGCAAGCUGCUGCGACUGGACCGGUCAAAGCUAAGCCAGCAGCUGCAUCGGUAUCUCUUUGACCCUAUUCCUCACGUCAAAGUGCGGAAGAGCAACCCGCGGAAGUUGCUCUGCACUGUCAUCAUUUGGGCUUUGCACUUGACGCCGGAGCUGUGGAUGGACGUCACGGGGGAGCUGGAGCAUGAGCUUGGGCUUCAGGGGAUGGUGAACACGGCCUUCGAGUAUGUUGGGUGCCGAGUGGAUGCGAAGAAGGAGAACGGCGGAUACAAAAGAGUCAUCCUGAAGCACGCCCCGAGGUUCAACUCCAAAGUCCACGACUUGCAAAAGCGAGAGCCGAAGUCGAAGGCCAAGAAGUGA